AUGUUAAAGGAAAACUACACAGAUGUGACUGAGUUUAUCCUCCUGGGACUGACAGAUCGAGCUGACUUGCAGCCUGUCCUUUUUGUGGUCUUCCUAGUCAUCUACCUGAUCACAGUCAUUUGCAACAUGAGCAUGAUUUUGUUCAUCAGAACUGACUCAAAGCUUCAGACUCCAAUGUACUUCUUCCUCAGUCACCUUUCCUUUGUAGACCUCUGUUAUGCCACCAUUGUCACUCCUCAGAUGCUGGUCAAUCUCUCAUCUAAGAAAAAAACCAUUUCCUUCCUUGGUUGCUUUAUACAGUUUGACUUUUUCAUUUCCUUGAGGCUCACAGAUAGCUAUACACUCAAAGCAAUGGCUUAUGACUGUUACAUGGCCAUCUGCAAACCCUUGUUAUACGGCAGCAAAAUGUCCUGAGGCAUCUGCCUCUCUCUCGUUGCUGCUCCUUAUACUUAUGGCUUUGCAAAUGGUCUUACCCAGACCAUCCUGAUGCUCUGCCUCUCCUACUGUGGACCCAAUGAAAUCAACCACUUUUACUGUGCGGACCCAGUCCUAGCCUGCUCAGAUACUUAUGCCAAUGAAACUGCCAUCUUUACAAUGCCAAAUUUCACAGAUGUGACAGAAUUUAUUCUUCUGGGGUUAACCAGUCAUCAGGAGCUUCAAGUUCUCUUUUUUGUGGUGUUUCUAGUAGUUUACAUGAUCACUCUGAUAGGGAACAUUGCUAUGAUUAUUUUGAUCAGCAUCAGCCCCCAGCUUCAGAGCCCCAUGUACUUUUUCUUGAGUCAUUUGUCUUUUGUGGAUGUGUGGUUCUCUUCCAAUGUCACUCCGAAGAUGCUGGAAAACUUACUGUCAGAGACAAAAACCAUUUCCUAUGUGGGGUGUUUGGUGCAGUGUUACUUCUUCAUAGCCCUUGUCCACGUGGAAGUAUAUAUCUUGGCUGUGAUGGCCUUUGAUCGCUACAUGGCCAUCUGCACCCCUCUGCUCUACGGCGGUAAAAUGUCCAGGGCUGUCUGUGCUCGUCUCAUCUCUGUGCCAUACAUCUAUGGAUUCUCUGUCAGCCUGAUCUGCACGCUGUGGACCUAUGGCCUGUACUUCUGCGGAAACGUUGAAGUCAACCACUUCUAUUGUGCUGACCCUCCUCUUAUCAAGAUUGCCUGUGGAGGGGUCCACGUUAAAGAAUACACCAUGAUUGUUAUUGCUGGGAUUAAUUUCACGUAUUCCCUCUCAGUGGUUCUCGUUUCCUACGCCCUCAUCGUAGCGGCCGUGCUGCGCAUGCGCUCUGCCGAUGGCAGGAGGAGGGCGUUCUCCACGUGUGGGUCCCACCUGACGGCCGUCACCAUGUUUUACGGGACUCUCAUCGUCAUGUACCUCAGGAGGCCCACUGAAGAGUCUGUGGAGCAGGGGAAGAUGGUGGCUGUGUUUUACACCACAGUGAUUCCCAUGCUGAAUCCCAUGAUCUACAGUUUGAGGAACAAAGAUGUGAAAGAGGCGGUCAACAAAGCAAUCGUCAAGGCAAACUUGAGGCAGUGA